CCCGGUCCGAGCGCUCAGCGGAACGUUUCUAAAAGCACACCCCGAACGUGACGACAAGCGGUGUGAUGCCUCGAAAAAGUGGGUUGUUGUUCGCAGUGAUGGCGGUCGUCGCGUCGACGAGACUCUGCGCCGCAGAAGCUGACCCGGCCGGCGCUGCGGUGCGGGGCCGGUACCGCCUCAGGAAUCUGGUGACGGGCCUGGAGGUCGAUCCCGGGGUCCAAAAGAGGCUCGGGUCGCUCACAUUCCGGAAUAGGGGCGACUUGAAUUCAACGAAAGUGUUGUCAAAACUCCAGCAGAUGGCUCCUUCAGUGCAGUGUGGUGACAACCGGAUGACUCUUGCAAUCAGAAGGACAGGUGCUCCACCCUUCCUAGUGGACAGCGCAGGCCAAUCUCCUCUUAUUCCUCUGUCUCAGAUGCCCCCCUACUGUGGGUUUUCUGUGAAGAGAUCCCGCAGAGAUAUCCAGUAUGCCACGCCCUAUCGAGGCUGUUAUGUUAACAAACAAGAUGGUGACUAUGUACUGCCGCUGCGUUUAAUGGGGGAGCCAAUGGCCAUGUCUUGUCCUACAACAUUACCAAUGCCAUACAUUUUUUGCUUUCCAUCAAAUAUGGUUGUGAGGAUGGGAGGCGUUUCAGCGAAUGAAUUCAAAGUAAAAAUGUCCGGCACAUGGCAGCCCCUGCUGUCAGCACAUUCCUGUGGACUAACUUUUCAAGAACUUAAUGGCGAGCUGGUGAUCCUUGCUCCCUAUAAAAAAGGCUCAUGUAUAGAAACGAAGGAUGAUGAAUACAUGCUGUCUCUUCAGUGGGCAGACUUUGAACUCUUGGCAACAUGUCCUCCUGUAGAGAACACUGAUAUUGACAAAGGAACUAAUGCAAUACCCAGAGAGUCUGACGUAAUCCUGCAGCAACCUCCAUACCCUUUCUUGCCACUAUAUUCCCAUUAUGGACAACAUCAGUCGACGAACAAUCCACCUCGGAUGGUACAGCUACCUCAACCGCAGCUCCCUGUUCUUACUGCAGACUCUCCUGAAAACCCAAAGGAGCCUUUGGUUCAGCAGUCACCCUUUAAUUUGCCACAGUUGCCUCCAUUCUUCUUGUUCCCUCGACCUGAAUUGCCAGCACAAACACCUGGAAAUGACAAUUCUGCUGCUCCACAGAUCCAGAUGUUGCAGAUGCCUCCACUGCUACAAUCUCCUCCAAUCCAGAUGUCUCCAAUGCUGCAGUCUCCCCAGUAUAAAUUCCCCAUGUUUCCACAGUUUCCCAUGAUAUCGGAAGUUUCCCAACAAACUACGCCUCCUACUGCUCCUACGACCACCAAAGCUUUGGUUACAUCACCUGCUCCUGCUACUGAGCCAAAGGGGAAGCAUGAAGUCCCUCGCCACCCGCAGUUUCCAUUGCUGCCCCAGUAUCCUUUUCUACCAGUUUCUAAACCUUCAUCUCCAAAGUCUGAUGCCACCAAUAACCCCAAAGUCAUCCAGCCAGUUAAACCACAGCACCUGCUCCCUCAGUCGUUCUCCUUCCCGGUGUUGUAUCCUCCCCUCGACCAUCACUCCUCAAGACGACUCCAGCAGACACAAACUCCUGCCUCACCUGCAGAAACCACGAAGGAGCCGCCAGCUCAAGAGUCCUUUUACCAGCCACACCCACUCAUGCCAUUGUAUUUAAUUCCAAAACAAGCUCCUGUGCCUUUAUUUCUUAAUCCUUCUGAUAACCCAGCCCAGUCGCAGCCCUUUUACCCUGCCGUGCCUCACAUGUAUCCUUUCCUCCCUGAACAGAGGCAGGUGCAGCUAGCAAGAAGCUGGUGAAGGUACUCCUGAUUAAACCAAUGACUUUUGAUCCUU